CUCCCGGUCUCCAAACACACCCACACACUCUGCCAUCCGUUCAGCCAGUUGACUGCUUCUUCCUUCGCACCGCCCUGCCAAGACGACAUGUUCUGUCAACAGCCUGAACCGGCUGCGUCCUCCGUCAUUAACCGUUUGGUGACUCACACACACACUCAGUAGAUCUGAUAUUAAAAGAACUGAAGCUCUCCAGAGCGCACGGCCUCAGUUCGGCUGAUUCCAGGUGCGCGCUUGGAUGAGAAGCAUCUCCACACGCUGCAUUCAGGGGCGUGGUGCGGACGCGGCGCUGCGGACCCUCUGCCUGUAAUCUGUUUCGAUCCGGGGCGUGUCCGCGCAGAAAGGGGCGUGCGCAGCGCUCCAGCAGUAUCUCUGCUUUCUGUGCCAUUUGCAGCGCAGCCGCUUGUUACGCGCACUGCUGCGUCCAGGAGAUAAGAGCCUGACGGUCAUCCCGGGGAGAGAACACAAGCAACCGGACAGCCAGAGUCCAACCAGCCGGUAAACUCACUCACACGGACAGCUGGAGCAUUUUGGUGCACAGACAGCAGCGCAGUUAGACUUGGACCUGACGCUUCACCUCCAUUAACCUGCAAACUACCGAACAUGGAGCGCAAAAUCCCAGACUUCGCCGGCACUUGGGAGAUGAAGAGCUCUGAAAACUUCGAGGAACUCUUGAAAACUUUGGGCGUGAACGUGAUGCUGCGUAAGAUCGCGGUGAAGGCGGCGUCCAAACCGCUGGUGGAGAUCACGCAGGACGGCGAGACGCUGUCCAUCAAAACCUUCACCACCGUCCGAACCACCCACAUCACCUUCACCGUGGGGCAGGAGUUCAACGAGAGCACGGUGGACGGACGUCCUGCACGGUACGAAGCUUUCCCUCGCUGGGAGACCGACAGUAAGAUCAGCUGCGAUCAGACUCUGCAGAAAGGAGAAGGUCCGAAGACGUCCUGGACCCGAGAGAUCACCGCCGAAGGGAAACUGAUCCUGACCAUGAGAGCGGACGACGUGAUUUGCACCCGAGUCUACGAGCGACAAUGAACAAGAGCACUUCUCACUUUCCCAGCGUUUCCUCUCAUCUGUAGUUUUUUCCUCCACCGUGUAUUAACUGUAUCUAACGCCUCACAGUCUUAGCUCUUCCCCUGCAGCCGGAGUUUUAAAACGUGUCAAAUGUGUCGCUGCAUGUGUGUGUUUGUGCGACUGUAUCUGUAAAAACCGAACCUACGAGCUGUUCAGGUCAGUUUUGAUGUUCCUCCCUCCCCCCCCGGCCACUUUUUCUAUCUCACAUUUUAUAUUUAUUACUACACUAGUUUUUACUUUGUGUCUCUUUGUAUGAAAAAAAGAAGAAAUGUGACCACAGGAAAACAACACUUUCACAAUAAAAGCCACGAUGAUAA